UCGACCCGCCCUCUUCCAUAACACUAGGGUCAAGGCUCUGGUAGGAUGCGAGGUUUCGAGUAACAAAGGAAGAACUUUAUAAUGCGGUGAUUCACUCACUCCGAAGCUGGAACCAGGGUUUUAACUGCACAGGGAAGUUGUUGGAUGCUUUAGUUUUUAGCUAAGUGAAUUAGUAAGCCUUAAGUAACUUUCUGGGACUCGUUGAGACCGCCAACAUGUAGCAGACCACAUCGCCGAUGCCGACUUUGGUGAACUAAACAAGCCUUCCACAAGUUGGAUCUUUCUUAUUUUUAAUCAUUGUAGAGCUCAAAUAGAAAUAAACGAGUAAGGAAGUAGUGAAUCACCAUAGAGAACCUUCAAACAUUUUCCACGACUUCUGUCAACUGUAGAAGUGAGUCAAUCUGUGGUUAAUAACAAUGUCAGCAUCAGCCUCCUCCUCCGCGGGCCCGCCACGGGGUAAGGCCGGCGGGGACGCGGCCCCUCCGACCCCCUCGGCCGGCAGCGGCAGCGCAGCGCAUCGCCCGCUGCAGCCACUCCGCGCCACGGUUCCGUUCCAGCUUUUGCAUGGAAACCAGCAGAGCCCGACCCGCUCUCCCUCCUCCUUCUCCUCCUCCUCCUCCUCCUCCGCAGUCGGUAACAACAGCGGAUCAGCGACGUGCUCCAGUCCCGCCAGCCCGACCCCACUGCUGCUUGCGAGCCCAGGAGGAAGCGGCUCGGAGGGCAGGCUGGUGGCCCGACAGAGGCUCUCUCCGCCCGACAGGAGCUCGCCGGAGCCCGUAUCCAAAGCUGAGAGGCCAAAGGCCCAGCAGGUGAGGAGCGUGGGAGCCAUCAGGCGGACCUCCUCUCUGGGCACCAUCACUGGGCCCUACCUCACCGGCCAGUGGCCCCGGGACCCCCACCUGCACCACCCGUCCUGUAUGAAAGAUAAAUCAACACAGACCCCCGUGUGUUGGAUUGAGGAGGUGGAGGAGGAAGAGAGCACACACCAGCGAUCCGCCUCCUGGGGCAGCACUGACCAGCUCAAAGAGAUAGCCAAGCUAAGGCAGCAGCUGCAUCGAAGCAAGCAGAGCGGGCGCCACCACCCCCUCCCCCACCUCCCCCCGCACAGCGGCAGGGACAAGGACUGCCUCUCCCCCCCGCCUCCGUGCAUCGCCUACGGCCCCGCCACCACCCUCAGCCCCCUCACGGCCCUCAGCCAGCUGCAGCAGGGCUCCAUGUCUAAGCCGGCCGCCCUGCCGCUGGCCAGCAUCUCGGUGCCCAAGCCGUCCAUCUCACGGGUCCCCAGCAGCAUGGAGGGCAUCAACCACGAGCUGGAGAAGGUCUUCAUCAGGGACCACGGCGACAAGGACGAGCUCAAGGCCCUGGAGGUCCCUGACGGCCGGCGGGCCCCCUGCCCCCCCCAGCAGCGCAGCAGCAGCACCCGCAGCGUGGACACUCAGACCCCCUCCUCGGGGCCCGGCCGCUCCAGCAGCUGCUCCAGCCUGUCGCCCUGCCCCUCGCCCGCCACCGCUGGCCCCCCGGGGUCCCAUGCCGGCAGCCCCUACUCCACCGACGAGAUGCUGUACGACCGCGACAAAGGUGCCGACAGCGGGAGCAGCUCCCCGCUGCCCAAGUUCGCCUCCUCGCCCAAACCCAACAACAGCUACAUGUUCAAGCGGGAGCCGCCCGAGGGCUGUGAGAAGAUCAAAGCCUUCGAGGAGACCAGCAGCUCCAGGCCGGCCCCGUCCGCCCCGCUCUUCUCCUGCCCCGACAAGAACAAGGUGAACUUCAUCUCCACGGGCUCGGCCUUCUGCCCCGUGCGGCUCCAGGGCCCGCUGCACCCCGGGGCCCUGAGCCUCGUGCCCGCUUUCCAGCCCCUCGCCGAGGGCGGGGACCCCCCCCGCCACCAGGGGGAGCCAGAGGGGCCGACCGCGGGGCACCCCGCCGGGACGCCGCCCGACACCGAGGCCCCGCCCCCCCAGACAGACCCCCCCCAGGCGGUCAGUUAAGGGGCCCGAGCAGAGGCUGGCCUCUGCCCCCCCCGUUACCCAUGCGCUAGCCCCCCACGACCACAACACACACACACAGACGCACACACGGACGCACACACACACACACACAGACACAGACACAGACACAGACACACACACACCAGAGAUACCCCCCCUCGCUCUGCUAGGCAGCGCUUCACAUCUUUGCUAAUUCUUAAUUAUUGUUAUUGAUGUGCUGUUGAUUUCCCCCCCCCCCCCCAAAUCAAUCUUCCCGCCCCACUGCAUGAUGUGUUGCCAUGACGACCCCCGUGAGGGAGGGCACCCUGCGGCAGGGGGGGGCACCGCGUACACAUGACAAGCGGAGUUUGAGGAAGCAGUGACACAAGCUCAAUUAGCGUUUGUGUGUUUGUCGGUCGGAGUGUGUGUGUUUGUGUGUGUGUGUGUGUUUGUAGGUCUGAGUGAGUUUGUGGGUCUGAGUGUAUCUGAGUGUCUUUGUGUGUGUGUGUGUGUGUGUUUGUGUGUAUCUGCGCUGGGGGGGGGGGGGGGGGGGGGGGGGUGAGAGGAAGGGGUGGGGUAUGGGGGGCAUUCACAGUAUGAAUAAGCUCUCUACACAUGCAUAUAUAAAUAUAUAUAUAAUUUCUUAUAUCUCUAUGAAUAGAAAGAAAAAAGUUUGUUUUAAGAAGAAAAAAAAGAGGAAAAAUAUGUUUUUCUUUGUUAUGUACCUAGCAGGAAAAGACAGCCGUACUAUUCAGGAUUCUGUUUAUACAAUCAAGGCCAGAGUUUGGGUCCCUAUCCAUCAAACACUAUGAGAGGAACAGGAAGACGGACGUGGCCUGUCUGGACGUAGCCCAUCUCUUCAGGUAUAUCCCUCGGAGUCUAUACUCAGGUAACAUGGAGCAUAUGUCCACACAGUAGUCUGCUGGGGACAGCAAUCAGAGCUCAAUCAGAGAGGUACCUUAUCCCCCCCACCCCCCCCCCCCCCCCCCCCCCGGGGGUAAACAUUCCAAGCUUAAGGCCAGUUGUGUGUUCUGGACCCUAGGAGGGUCGGGCACUAGGAGGGGGUGGGGUGGUUCUGGACUGACCAAGGUACACUGUGAGAGGCGGACCAACAGGAACUCAGUGCUUCCUGCUUCCGAGCGGCGGGCCCGAGCCACAUCCCGUGCUCUGAGCGUCUGAACCGGGCCGUACUGUGAGUGGCUGGCCUGGAGAGUGUAGCCCCUUCCCCUUGAGAUGACGCCCCCUAUCUGUCAAGACUAAAGUAUGCACCAAAGUUUCCCCCGUUUCCAGGGAAUGUCCAACUGUUGCGGUAAUGCAGUGCUCUGCUAUUCCAUUGAAUGCAUUCCAUGCGCUUUUGAAGCCGCGCUGACGGACUGUUGAAUCCAUUCCCCGGGAGAGGAGAGAAAAUGGAGGCUCUAUUGUCAUGGCUUUGUCCCGCCACCACGUCAUCUAGGGGUUUUUGAUGCACAGAAAAAACAACUCCUUGUCUCUCUCCCUUUUCAUUCAUUGGUGUGUUUUUAUAAGAAACCAUAAUGGCGCCACAGGAAAAGAACUUCUCAGCAACUUUCAUUCUAGUUAUCCUGUGCGAGACGGCGCCCUCUAUAGGUUACACAAUGCAUUCACGUUAAAACAAACGUCACUUUUCCAAAUGUAAAUGAUCCACACUAUUAUUUAUCAAGACAAGUGAAGAGAAACAUAAUAAAAAAAAAAAAACAUUUAUUUUGAUAUAUAAUGUGUGCUCGUGGAAUUCCUGCAUCCUUAUUUGGUACAUAUGUGGCUUUAAGAAAACAGGAUUAAGCAACAUUGUGGUCUUCUGACUACAUUUCAGCACCUUGUCCAGAAAUAUAGCUUAUGCAGUGUCCACCAUACCCUGGCGCUGGUAAACUAGAUGUGUGCAAUAAUAGAAGGUGUUGUUGUUGUUCUCCUCCUCCCGAAUGCUUUCUGUUUGACACAUCAUCACGUCUCCCGUUUCCUUUGAGCAGCGAGUGUGGGCGGGACUAGCGCUCUGUAAUGCGGCUAUCAAGCCGUCAAUCAAUACAGAUACGCGCCAGUGACUGGAGCGCACCACUGGAACACAGUGUUUAUCCCACAUGUGAAACCAUACUCGUGUAACCUGCCUUGUCAAAGUUCAUGCACAAAAUGGCAAUAAAACCAUUGGUUUGUUUUGUCCACUG